AUGGAUCCUACACCAAACAACAACGACCAGGCCCCAAAGCCAGAAGCUGCGGAGAAGAAGGAUGAACACACGGAACAAACCCAGGAUGGAACAACGGGUCCCAAUCCAGAGAUCAGCAACGUCAAAAAGAAUGACAACGACGAUGAUGAGAAGCAGAACGACGAUAACAAUGAGAGGGAUAAUAACGAACAGAAAGAUGAUGAUGAUGAUGAUGACGACGACAGGUCUGAAAACGAUUCCGAGGCAGAGGAAGAGGAAGAGGAAGAGAAAGCAGGUGGCAGGGCUAAAAAGCACGCCGCUACCAUUGAAGAGUCUUCCUCGGAAUCUCAGCCUUCCACGCCCAAGGACGAGGAAGCUCCGCAGCCCAAGUUCAUGCGCGACGAAAACAAGAGGAAGAAGAAGAACCGCAACCAGGAGGUCGCUGAAAGGCCUCGUCGCCGUCGCCGUCCCCGCUUCGCCGACCAAGAGGAUUCCGAAGAAGAAGAGCCAAAGUCGUACCGCCAGAGGCAAGCGCUGCAGCAGCAGAAACAGCAAAACCAGAUGAUGUUGAUGCAGCAACAACAACAACAACAGCAGAUGCAGCAAGGCGGCGGUGGCAAUGGAGGCAAGAACCCACUCAGGCUGAGAUUAGACCUCAAUUUAGAGGUGGAAAUCGAGUUGAAGGCACACAUUCAUGGUGAUUUAACGCUGGCCCUGCUGUAG